GCUUACACCGCAUGGUGCAAGUCCUGCGGAGGUGAAGGGGACCUCUAUCGAGGAUAUUGCCCAAGUUGUUGGGAAAAGUGGGAGGCUUCCAAUGGUGGCAACCAUCGAUGGCGUAUCGAGAGGUGUCGGAUUGGCCAGAUCUUGUUCUCGCACGCCACCAUCGCAGACACCUUCACUGAUGGCACCCCUCUGCAAGACACUGUAGACUUGCUGCUGGCGAAUCCAUGGGUGAUCGAGAAGAUUCCCUACAUCAACGUCGUUGAUGACGGGGAUCGGCACAUCAGCAUGGACAACAGAAGGCUCUAUGCUUUUCGCAUGGCCUUUGACGACGACAACUACGAGGUGCCAAUCAAAAGAUUUGCAAGCAAAGAAGACUACGGAGCAGCUGACUUUCAUCGCAAAGCCACAUCCGUUUGUGGUGGGCAUUCAGUGGAACUGCGGCAUCAUCACACAGUUGCGCCUCAUAUAGAGACCUUGAAUCCACCACGCACUGCCAAACGAUUCUUGCUGCAGAAAUGGAAGGAGUUUCGCAGUUCCGUUGGGGCUGUCCUGUCUUUGCAAGAUGGCCAAGUGGUGAUUUCCGGGUCCCAACGGCAGGCAGGGGCCAAGAAUAUGCGGGUGGAAGAUGGGAUCAAGCACUAUCAGCGGAUCUUGUCCACAUUCCACUGCGAAGCAGUCGACCUGAAAGAUGUUCGAGCUAAGGAUGCGGUACGAAGCAGUUUUCAGCGGUGGCAAGCUGAAUCCAACUACUCAACAGUUGACAUUAGCUUUGACAAUGAGUGGUCAGAAUCAGGAGAGCUGCCGUUGCACCUGGGUGGCGAUGCCGAAGAAGUCGCUGAAGUGAAAGGUUUGGUGAUGGAUUUGGUGAAUGCCGUAGCCCGCUGCUGGGAAGCUCUACCCCUACCGCCUCACAUGGGAGGCUACUUCUCCAGAACGCUCUCUGGCAAGCUGCCCGGAAAGUUUGCAGUUGAGGAUGACAUCUUGCACAUCAGGGGAAAUGCAGCGGAGCGGGAAAAGAUGAAGAAAGCAUUGGAAGAUUUGCUGCCAACCGUUCUUUCCAAGCAGUUGCAGGUUGACGAUGGGCGCCUUCGUUCUAUGAUCAUUGGAAAAGAAGGAGUCAACAUCAAGCGACUCCGCCAGAACACUUCUGUUGAUGUCCACGUCGGAAAAGAUCCGGAUACGACCGUGAGGAUUGCUGGACCCACUGCUGAUGUGGAGCUUGUCUACUCCAGGCUGAAGGCUUCAUACAGGAAAGACCCUUCUGUGACUGGUGAGACACCAGCUGUUGCGAGCUGUCGCGAGGAGCAUCGACAAAUCACCAAGGAGCUGCGACUUCUUCCCCACGCAGGGCGUUUCAUGUGGCGCCGGCUGAAGGCCAUUGGCUGCGAGGCCGAGGCAUUCUUGAGGAUCCCUCGCGAGGCAGAGAACCUCGUUGAAAUUCGUGGAAAUCAACGACAAGUUGACCAUGCCGAAGAGCUUCUCCAAGAAGCUCUUUACCUCGACUUUUCCUUGAUCAAGUUACGGAUCAGCAAGCGCCUGAAGAGUGACGUGCUUCUGGGUAAGAACGGUGUGCACAUCAAAGACAUCAAGGGCGAGCGAGAUGUGGAGAUUCAGUUUGAGGACUCCACAGAUGAGAGCUCCAUGCAAGACUGUGUCGUUUCUGGCCAGCCAGACGAUUGCAAAAGCGUCCUUGAUGAGAUGUUGAGGAGACUUGGCGGAUACGAAGUUGUGUCUAUGCCUGUCGAUUCAAGAACGGCUGGGCUGAUUAUUGGAAAAGGCAGCGCUGGACAAACGUCCUGUUUGCCGAUGUUUGAAUAA